UCUGCUAACAGCUGGAAACGUCUGUUAUCGGCACGAUUCUUUCGAAUAUAUUUUCCACCAAUUCUCGCAUUCAGUUCUCGACUGCAGAGCGCGCAGCUGUUUGUAUUUUUCCGGCUCGGUUGCAAAAUUCGUGUUUCCAUUAGAAAUUAUUUGGGAACUAUUCGGAUACAUUUCGGGGAACUAUUUAAAUAUGUAAAUCGAACUGAAAGCAAGCCGUGUUUUUUCCUUAUAUUUGAGGUUGUGUGUUUUUGUAGUGUGUAAACAAAGUACAUUUGCAUGCAUGUAUCUGCGCCUCUUUAGUCAAUAAAUAUUAAUGCACAUUGUGCUGUUGGACGGGCAUGAAUUAGAAAGCAUUAUUUAUUGCACACGUCUGCAGUGCGAAUCAAAACAAAAUCGGAAGCGCUCCGAGAGUGGGUGAGAAAGAGGAGAGUGAGAAACCAGUGGAAAAGAAAUAACAGCCGGCUGAUUUGUUGCGGAAAAGGAAUACGAAGAAAGAGGAAGAAAAACGUAAAGAAACAUAACAGCUGAAAAAGGAACCUGACUAAGUAGAAGUACGUUGUAGCAUGCCAGGAUCGGAAAAGUGAAUACCAGAUCAUAAUGAGCAUCCGCACGGAGCAGGAUUACGACAGUGCCACUCCGGCGCUGCAACGGGAAAUGAAUUUGGCCCGAAGAGCCUGCUGGAGGAUCAAUUCCUUCAGCUCGGAGUACCUCUUCAAAACUAUAGCUUCUGUACUAACAGAUACAGAUGCAGAAGCACCACCACCACCACCACCGAGAGAUGAAACCAAAUCGAGAAUAGGGCCGCAGACAGCGCCCGCAAACCGUAACACAUCCUGCACGUCCUCCAACUGGCGGGGGAUGUUCAGCAAAAGGACGUUGCUCAUCUGCGCCCUAGCCCUAAUCCUUGGAAUUGCCCAGGCGAGGCCCAACAUGAGUGCUGUGGGAGUGGCUCCGGGAAAGGUCAGCCAGGAUAUUGUGGAUGCGGUCACCCAGCUAAAUCUUGGCCAUUCGGCGCCCAUGGAUGCGGUGGAUGUGGGCGUGGAUCCAACGCCACCAGCGACGUUGCCACGUGCCGAGCCGUUGAAAUCCGUCGACCAGGAUGCGGAGGGCGGCGAGGGCCACAAAAUGGAGCGGUAUCCGCUCUCCAGUGUGGACUUUGCUCGGGUAAAGACGCCGUUCAUCAUCGGAAUCUGGAUCCUGUCGGCCAGUAUAGCUAAAAUCGGUUUCCAUAUGACGCCCAAACUGCAUCUAAUAUUUCCGGAAUCGUGCCUGCUGAUUGUCGUGGGCGUGGUCAUUGGCGUGGUGCUCUAUUUCUGCACCGAUGUCGCCGUCUCCCCGCUGACUCCCAAUACCUUCUUCUUCUACAUGCUGCCACCGAUUAUCCUGGACGCAGGCUACUUUAUGCCCAAUAGGUUGUUCUUCGACAACCUGGGCACCAUCCUGCUGAUGGCGGUGGUCGGAACCAUCUUCAACAUAGCCACCAUCGGUGGCUCGUUGUACGCCUGCGGCAAGAUGGGAAUUUACGGGGAAAGCGAGACUCCGGGUCUAAUGGACGUGUUCCUAUUUGCCUCGCUGAUAUCCGCCGUGGAUCCGGUGGCCGUCUUGGCCGUAUUCGAGGAGAUACACGUGAACGAGAUCCUGUACAUUGUCGUCUUUGGCGAGUCCUUGCUGAACGAUGCCGUCACGGUUGUGAUGUACCACAUGAUGGAGUCCUACAAUGAGAUUGGCUUAGACAAAAUCAUCGCCCAGGACAUCGCCAGCGGUGUGGGUUCCUUCUUCGUGGUGGCACUGGGUGGCACUGCCAUAGGCAUCAUCUGGGGCUUUCUCACGGGCCUGGUGACCCGAUUCACCGAUCACGUGCGAGUCAUAGAACCCAUCUUCAUAUUUGUGAUGGCGUACUUGGCCUAUCUGAAUGCGGAAAUAUUCCACAUGAGUGGCAUUUUAGCCAUCACUUUCUGUGGUAUCACCAUGAAGAACUAUGUGGAAUCGAAUAUUUCACAAAAGUCUCAUACGACUGUUAAAUAUGCCUUAAAGAUGUUGUCCAGUUCGGCGGAGACCAUUAUAUUUAUGUUCCUAGGCGUGGCCACUGUGAACAACAUGCACGUAUGGAAUACGUGGUUUGUGGUGCUGACCAUUGCCUUCUGUUCAGUGUUUCGUGUUAUUGGUGUCAUUUUGCUAUCGGCCCUUGCCAAUCGCUUCCGUCUGCACAAAUUGUCCCGGGUGGAUCAGUUCGUGAUGUCCUACGGAGGAUUGCGCGGUGCUGUGGCCUUUGCCCUGGUACUGUUGGUGGACGAGAAUGUGGUUAAGCAGAAGAACAUGUUCGUCACCACCACGAUAGCUGUGAUCUACUUUACUGUCUUCCUGCAAGGAAUCACUAUUAAGCCGCUGGUGAAAAUCCUAAAUGUCAAGCGCGCUAAUAAACGCAAGCCAACCAUGAAUGAGCGCAUUCAUGAACGGUUCAUGGAUCACUUGAUGGCUGGAAUUGAGGACAUAGUGGGCAAAACCGGCAACUACAACGUGCGCGAUAAGUUCAAGCGCUUUGACAAUCGCUUCAUUCGUCCGCUGCUGAUCAGAGAUCUAAAGGGAGCUGAGCCGAAGAUCAUCGAGACGUACUCCAAACUGACAAUGCGCGAUGCCAUGGAAGUCAUGAGGCGAAAUCCAUCCACUAUUGGCCAGAUGACGGGAACCGAGUCGAUGAGCGCCCUUUUCCGGAACUAUACCAAUAACUAUAUUGGCGGCAGGUGGGCACCGCCAACCAUAUACACCACCUGUCCCAGUCUGACAAAUCUAGAUAAUACCUGUUCACGUAAUCUGGACAUGGCUGAGCUGGAUUAUAAUCCAUCCAAGAAGGAUCUGACCGACGCCAGGAUCCAUCAUCUUUUGGCCGAAGAACUGAAGCCUUAUAGAAGGGCCUCAAUACAAAUGCACCGUCGUCUUAGUUAUAGCCGACACGCAGUAGAUGACAGAGAUUUGUCCACCCAGGUCAAUUACAAGAUGCAAAUGAACUUCAGGCGCAUGUUCAAUGAUCGAAAACAUCACAAGCGCAGCAAACGUGGUGCCAGCAACAAGGAGGCCAAGGAGAACGUUAAGCAGAAUCAUGUCUCGUUCCAUGACUUUCAGCAGAACGGCACCACUAAGCAGCUCACCAAUGACUAUAUUAACAAUGUGCUUAAUGAAACAGCCGAGGAGUGCCAACAGAAUCCCAACGAGAUCAAUGUUGUUGGCCCGAGCGACGAUUGGGAUGACGGCCUGACCUUCACCGCGAAAUCAUCACCUGACUCGGAUCGUGCCAAUAACAAUUCCCUGAUAGCCCACAUCCAAAACCUGCCGGGUUUCGAUGCCUCCAAGGCCCGUAUCGUCGUCCAGCACUAUGCGCCCAAGGCCGACGACAAUCCGGACACAGAUCUAGAGUCCCCCGACCAGGCCAUUGGGCCCACGGCCGCCGAAUUGAUAUUGCCAUGGCGGCGGGAUCGUUCAUACCAGAGCAUUGUGGCCGAACAUCCCAUUCCCGAGGAGGAUCGUAAUCUGUCCCGCGAAUCCGACGGAGAAAGGCGUGUGGCCACCCCCACCGCCACGGAAUCCCAGUUGCCGUGGAAAAGACAGGGAGACGAAUGCACGGAUGCAGUGCAGCAGAACGAGUUUCCCGCUUGGGCCUCCAACAAGGAGUACUUGGCCUACAAUUCCCCCAGCGCAACAUUCCUAGGUGGUAUAAACAAGCCUAAACAGCCCAAGUCCGUCAUAGGUCUCUUCCGACGUGAGAGUUCCAGCUCGAAGGCCGGGAGCGUUGGCAUCGGCAGCACAGGAGCCAUGGACUCCGCCGCCAGUGGCUCCGAAACGAUGGUGGUGCCCAUGUCCAGCCAACCGCCCAACGCUCCAUCGACGUCCAUGCACAAUCCGCGGCUGGACAAGCGCUCCCAGUCUAUUUCCUCCAGUUCGCUAGGCGCCGGAGCCCAUCAGCUAGGUCCGGACAGUCAUUCCGGCCCGUUUCCGGUUACGGCCAGUCACCGGCGGAACGUGCGCAGGGGCUCCAUGCUGGAGCUGAGCGGACUCAUUGCAACUGGACGAAGGCCCAGUAGAAUUUUGCAAUUUAGUACGGGAGCAACUAAUUUACUUGGCUCAGCCAUGACUACAAGCCCUUCUCCUCCACCUCCUACUAUUUCAACAACAACAACAACAACAAGAACAACAACAACAACAACUACAAUAAAACCUACAAGCACAUCAACCACCAAGAACAACACCACCAACAACUCAACAGAUACAUCAGCAAGUGCGACGCACUCGACGCCAACCUCCUCGAAAUCGGAGGACAGCGCCCCAUAUACGUACCACACAAAAGACACAAUACCAGAGGAGUCGUCGUACCAGCAUGGACACUCCAAGUCCUUGUGCGAGCCGGCGGACUCGGAUGAAUGGGAGGGAGCAGCAUUGGCCGCAGCUGGUGGAGCGAACAGCGAGCUUUUGAUGCGAAUGAGCGGCAGGGAACCGCUCCUGCCACGCCCAUCCAACACGCCUCGUGCCCAGAUCCGUCGUAUGAACGCCGGGGCGGUGGUGGGCGGGGCAGGCGUGAGUCACGCGGGCCGGAAAAACCAGGUGACCAAGGCGCUGUUGGACUACGAGGAUUCCGAAACCGACUCCGAUGAGAACGAUGAUGAUGAGGACGAGGACUUUGACUCCUACGAUGACGAGAACAUUGUGGUCACCACUUUUACAACACCGGCCUCGGGCAGAAGAUCGGGAUCUAGUCCAGGAUCCGGAUCAGAAGCCAAUACCGCCACCACCACGACAAGCAUUCGGCUGACCCGCAACAACGACGAAAGCAUCAUUUGAGUAUCAAGCACGGAUGGCGACGUGGAGGACGAUCUGGAGGAUGAAGAGCCAUCGCUCCUAGCACCACCAUCUCGUAAUCCAAGAAGUUUGCGGCUGCGUCUGUUCCCGUACGAGAUGUUCUACUAACUAACUCCUAAUCACACAUUUAAAUGACCUAGUUCGUAAGACAAAAGUUGAAAAAAAGUUGCAAAAUAGUUUCAAAAAAAGGUUUAAACCAAAAGCUUUAUAAUUAUAUUAACACAUAAAUCGGACAAAUGCUUAGAUAAGGGAGUAGCGAAAAUUGUAUAUAACACCAGAUUUGAAUAACUUAAUUAAUUUCUUCUUUGUCGUUUAAGUCGCUUUUUAAGAUAUUAACUUCCAGUUUUGUGUUUAAUCCCGAUCAAUUGUUAUUGUGAACCACUUACAUAUACAUGUGUAUGUAUAUCAAAAACAUAAUUUAGUGAUUUCAGCUGAUGUGUUCCGAAAUAGCAAGCAAGCAAAAAAUUGUGUAAUAAAUUACACAGCGUAGCCAAAGUUCAUAUUAAGCUUACAACUAAAGUUUAUUUCCUUACUUGUAAUUUAGAAAAAUGUACUAACUGAAAAUCACAUUGCGAGUAUGUGUUGCUAGCAGUACUUAAGAGCGUACUUAGUUCGAUAAUGCAGAGUUUAGUUCCAUUUUAGCCUUAGUUAUUAAAGAGUUUUAAGGAAUUCAUUUCUGUAUAGCCGCAGAGUCAGUACUAAAAUUAAUGCAGUAAAGUUUUUCUCAGCUGGAACUGUCAGUAAACUUGCAUCAUUUCGAAACUGUUUUGGGAACGGAAAUAACCCCUGGAACUGUAUUAUGCUGAAAAGAAGGCAUUAAACAUGUCAUUUAAACAACAGAUUUUCUAUUGCCUUUUCUAUGAGAUCUUACGUCUUGUUGAAUUUAUCCAGCCCCCUUAUAACUAGUUUCAAAACAGUUGAGCAAAACUUUAGCUUACCCUACCUAUGAAGCAAAGUAACUGAUAGUGAACAGAAAAACGGACAGAGUUAUGUAAUUUAAAAUUAUUUUUGUAAACAUUUACGAACGAUAAACAUAAAAUGCCCAAUGGAUCAUGUUUGAACGAGCGAGAGUUUUGCAAUAGAUUCUGUGUGGAACUUGAGUGUAUAACUAGGAUUGAGCUAACCAAGCAUAAACAUGAUGAACGUGCUCAAAACCCAAGUAAAAAUAGAAUAGUUGAAGCAAAUAGUUUUACUACGCUGACGUAGUUUUGAAGAUGCAUUAGAAGAACGAACUCCAAUUACCAGACCAGAUCCAAGGGGACACACGGAGCCAACUGAGAACACAGUAGCCAAUAUCCAGAAUGGGACAUAUUCUGGAACCUACCUACCUAAAUAUACUUGCGUGGACUGCUAACGGUAAAGAGUGGAAAUGGAACACAUACCUACCUACUACGAUUAACACAAAUAAAUACAUAUAUAUAUUUUCUAACUCAAGGGCAACACGCAUAGUACCGAACAUUAGUUUAUCCAUCUACAUACCUGUAAAUUUAGUAGUUUGUAAUCCCAAUAGGUUAUAGACAAGAAUGCAUUCGGCCAGAUCAGAUAAAAUUGGUUAUCUUAGUUUUUCACAUUUUAUUUUUAGCAGUAAGACAAUAAGCGGCUACCAGAUAAGCUGGAUCUUGGAAAUUGUCACUUUGAAAGAAAUCAUUAGUGGAAAACCCAAAAAGUCAGAGCUGUGUUAUAAUAUGAGCAGGUUUUCUAUGUAAAAAUAAAUUAUUCCACUGAAUUUCCAAAGUCAACAUUGAUUGUGGUGUAAUUUUUUAUUAUGGACGCUCGCUCAUAAAUUACUUGCUUAAGGAAACUAAUAUUGAAUUCAAUUACUGACUAAAUCGAGAACGUGUUUGCAAUUUUCAUACCAUAGGCCCUAAGUUGUGCAUACUUUAAAACUAAAAAUAAAUAUUGAUAGCGCAAGAUUAACAAAAAUUUAAUAAAAACACUCGAUGCAAAACCUAAACAAAGAAUUGUAAAUUGUUAAACUGAUUUUAAAUAAUUUAUAAGAAAAUUUUACUAUAAAUAAAAUUAUUGAGGAAAGCAAAACAAUCUGAA